GUCACUCACACUUGACACUUAUACAUAGAUAACAAUAACUUAACUUCCCAGAACUCCCAAUUCCCUUCUCUCUUUCUUCUUCUCUCUUCAUACAAUGGACAGAGACAUGCUUCCAGCAAGGUGGACGGAACCCUUACUUGCAGAAGACAACACUGACAUUGGAAUUCCCAUGAAUGCCCCUCUCACUUCCUUCAAAACCAUACCCCAGCCUCCUCCAAUUACCAUAAACCCCUUCCCCUUCCUCCAACAACAAACCGUAACUGCUAACACUAACGAUAACAACUUCCUCACGCACCAAGGCAUGGACACUUUUGCCCUCGAACACUCUUUCUCUACUCUCAAACCCUCCUUCUUCGCCAACAACAACAAUCCUUUUGAUAAUGCCUUCGAUUUGGGACCUGACUCCGGUUUCUUCUUCUCCGGCAACCAUUCUUCCAACUCCCCUCUUUUGAUGGCUUUCUCUCAGCCUCUAAUUGGCUCCGCUGACAUGACUUCCGCUACUGAAUUCCCGCCGGCGACGCGGUUGCUCCCGGCGGGGGGCACCGACGAUGAUGCGGUGCCGCUGGGUGCUGGAUUUGAAAUGGAAGCGUUUGCGGCUUCUGGAAAUGCUCUGUUUUCGAGCAGGGGAAAGGGGUUGAGGCCUCUUGAGGUGGCUCCGACGGUUGGUGCGCCUCCCACGCUCUUCCAGAAGCGUGCCGCGCUCCGGCGAGGCUCCGGCGGGGCUGAGAGUCUUGAAGCUUUGGGAAUGGGGAGUUUGGAGAGGAAAUGGGGAGAGGGGGAAGUUGAAGAAGGUAGCAUUGAGGCUUCAGUGUGGAAUUAUGAUUCUGAUGAGAAUGUUGAGAGUGGUAGUAAGGCUGUGGUGGUGGAGGAGAGUGGGAACCAUAGCGGCGGAGGGAAUGGGAAUUUGAGCUUGAGUGGCGGUGUCAAUGGUGGAGAUCAGAAAGGGAAGAAGAAAGGGAUGCCGGCGAAGAAUCUCAUGGCAGAGAGGCGGCGCAGGAAGAAGCUUAAUGAUAGGUUGUACAUGCUUAGGUCUGUUGUGCCAAAGAUUAGCAAGAUGGAUAGGGCUUCGAUACUUGGGGAUGCAAUCGACUACUUGAGGGAGUUACUGCAGCGGAUUAAUGAUCUUCACAAUGAACUGGAGUCAACUCCUCCUGGCUCUUCGCUGCAAUCUUCCACCACCAGCCUUCAACCUUUGACACCCACGCCGCAGACCCUUCCGUGCCGGGUGAAGGAGGAACUGUAUCCUGGUGUCUUGCCAAGCCCCAAAAACCAACCAGCAAAGGUGGAAGUUAGGGUGAGGGAGGGGAGAGCUGUCAACAUUCAUAUGUUUUGUACUCGCCGACCAGGUCUUCUGCUUUCAACCAUGCGGGCUCUGGAUAACCUCGGAUUAGAUGUUCAGCAGGCUGUUAUUAGCUGCUUCAAUGGCUUUGCUUUAGACGUCUUCAGAGCCGAGCAAUGUAGAGAAGGGCAGGAUGUUCUUCCUGAGGAAAUCAAAGCAGUGCUGCUGGAUUCAGCAGGGAUCCAUGACAUGAUGUGAUUCAAGCUCUUCAUUGAUAAAUGGCGAACUGUUUGUUGCAACUUGCAAGCAGUAUCCAAAUGCAUUACCUCUUAACAAUUACUGCCUGUAAAGGCAUAACCAUGAAGAUCAAAUAGGUUAGCUUAAUCCGUAGGUUUGAGAAGUUGUCUUGUGGUGUUUUCUCAUGAUUUUGAGCAAAGCAAAUGAACUUUAGAUUUUUAUUUUUAAGUGAUGGAAUAUUAUUUGUUUUACUCUGACCUCCUAUUUUAGUCAUGGAAUAAUUUCUAUUUUAUUUUAUUUUAUCA